GAGUUGAUGGUGUCAUUUGAUGGUGGAUGGCAGAAGAGGGGAUCAGGGCGUUCUUUUUCAAGUUUAUCUGGUCAUGCAGCAAUGAUAGGUAGAGAAACCGGCAAAAUAGUAAAUUUUGCAACACGCAACGGAUACUGCAGAAUAUGUCAUCAUGCAGAUAAAACAGGGAAGACUCCAUCAACUCAUGACUGCCGUAAAAACUGGACGGGGAGUUCCAAAGCUAUGGAGCCAGACAUGUGCAUUAAAAUGCUAAAAGAUCUAGGCGAAAAGGAUGCUCGUGUUGGAACCAUCAUCAUGGACAAUGAUACAACCACCAUAGCAAGGGCAAGAACUGAGGUAAACCCAGCUUUGAAGAAACAAAGUGACAAAAAAUCACACACUGAAACAGUUUACGAACAAAUUGUAUGACUUGAAAAAGUGUAAAAAACUAUAAGGAACUAAAUCCUAAGACAAUAAGUCACUUAUCAAAGUGCUUCAGAUAUUGUGUCAGCCAAAAUCAACAUGACGUAGAUGGUAUGAGGAAAAACUUGUAGGCCAUAUCCAAACAUGUAUUUGGUGAUCACAGCGUGUGUGGAUCUUGGUGUGGGUAUCUUUCAUCACCGACAACAUACAAACCCCUUCAGUUGCCAUACCACCGCUAUCUAGCCGACGAAGGAGUGAAAGUUGAUCUGACAUCCAUAGUUGACUUUUACAUUUCACAGGCUGAGAGAUUGGUGGA